AUGGAUACCCUGAGCCGGAUUGUUGAAGAUGUUCGGAAGGCUGUAGAGCAUCUCAAACAACAGCGGCAACAGACGUCUGCAAACAUUGAGCUGAGUACCGUCAUGACGGCGGCGGGGGAGGUCUUGGACGACGAACUUGACAGGCUGUCACCCCAUUCGCCCGCGGAUCCUACCGUACAAUGGGAACCACUCAACCGACUCAUCGAAGCGGGCGAACUCAUCCUGUCACUUGUGCCGUCGAAUCAUCGACUCCGAUUCGUAUUUUUAUGCAACCUCUCGGCCAGUCUUGCGCGUCGGUUCGACCUCAUGGCGCCUGCGGGAAACCCAGACUGGAAGGAUCUCGACCGUGCGGUUGACUUGGCAGCUGAUGCUGUUUCAGUGGUCCAUGGGGAGGAUGUAAGGCACCGCUGCGUUGUUCUAUACCGACUCAGUAGGGUGUUGGAAAAAAGGGGUAUGUAUAGCAGUAACGUCAAGGACAUCGAGCUUGCUUUGCAGGCAGCCGACGAGUCUGCUACCCACCUGGGCGUGGCCCAGGACAUGGCAUUAGACUGUCGGGUGCAAGUCGUCAAAUUGCUCACCAUGUUGUUCACUGCAACGCACGGUAUGAACUUCAUUGAACGGGCGGUGGCAGUGGCCCAGGAAGCGGUCGACGCCAUGCCCAAGAGGUGCGAUCAAACGGACGAGUCGGUUGUCCAUGAGCGGCAGCUUGGGCUGAAUACGUUAGCGAGGGCGUUGGGCAUGCGGUUUGAGGCUAAGGGGGCAGUGGAAGAUCUGGACCGCGCUAUCGCUCUGCUCGAUAACUCCUUGCCAUCGCUCGGGGCAGAGGACCCCAACUUUGUUAUUGGUCUAGACUACCUUGGCAUUCUCCUGGGGACCCGUUUCGAGCAGCAGGGUGAUAUCGCCGAUCUCAACGACGCUAUCCAGUGGUCCGAGGUCGCUGUCAAACGGGCGCUCAGCUCAGAUCCGGACCGACCGAGAAAGCUCCAGAACCUUGCCGAUCGCCUCGCCGAACGCGGUCAAUAUACCGGGCAGGUUGCUGAUAUCGUACGGGCCAUCGAAUACGCCCAGGAAGGCUUACAAGAUGCACCACUCAAUCAUGGGGAGCGGGCCAAAUGGCUGGGUAACCUUGGAGCCUUCUUUGGUAUGCGAUAUAGGAUAACACAGCCGGAGCCCGAUAGAACGGAUCUUGCGCAGGCAACCAAGAUUACCUCUGAGGCAAUCGACUUGGCACGGAAGCGAGGUGACGUCGUUCUGCUUGGCUCUUUGGCCAAUACGCUCGGGAAUAUCCUCCGUUACAAAUACGAAGCGGGAGAUCACGACGAUGCCACCUGCCUCGACCGGGCGGCAGAAGUGCUUGAGGAAGCCCUGGAUCUUCUAGGACCAGACCCCGAGCAGGCCUUCUUGUACCAUGGCCUCGGUGAGACGCUUCUACUGCGAUACGAAUACGGCGGCGCCGUCGAAGAUGUGGGCGGCGCGAUUCAAGCGUAUCAGCGAACUUUAGACAGCGAGAUAGGCCCGCCAACGGUCCGGAUCAACGCUGCUGUUAGGGCUGCUGAACUGUUAGGCCUCCUUGGUCGUUGGGCUGAGGCUACAAACUCCUUGGAGCGGGCGGUCCAUUUGCUCCACGUGCUGACUCCGGGGCUUCUGCAAACCGAGAACAAACAACAACUAAUUCGCCACUUCUCGGGUGUAGGGGCCGCCGCCGCUGCCGCCGCGCUCAAUGCCGGCAAGGAUCCGGGUCACGCCCUCGGGUAUCUAGAACUCGGGCGCGGUAUCAUAUCAGGGUUUCUGCUAGACAUGCGUACGGAUACCUCGGCUCUGAGACAGGCGCAUCCAGAUCUCGCAGACCAGUUCUUACGGCUAAGCUCCAGACUGGCUGGCCGCCCUAAACUCCAGCGGUAUGAUCGAAAGACUGGGGGCCAACCUCUCUUUCAAGAAGGGCCGAUGGCUGAGUCAUUUGAUCCCAGCAAGGAACGUUGGCGACGCGCGGUUGGUAGUGAGAUGGAAGCCCUCCUCACGGAGAUCCGCAGCCAGCCUGAAUUCGAGCGCUUCCUGCUCCCGCCAACGGUCGAGCAGUUAAAGGCGGCAGCUGACCCGGAUCCUAUUUUCGUCGCCAACGUGUCGGCAUUCCGCUGUGAUGUGUUUGUCGUCGAGAGUCACCAGAUUCGGGCCGUGCCGCUACCCCAUCUUUGCCAGGAGAGGAUUAUACAGGAGAACCACAGGGUCCAGAUGGGCUCGGGGUCGUUGUCGGAGACGUUAAAGUGGCUCUGGCAUGCACUAGUACGUCCGGCUCUCGACGGGCUUGGUUUACACGGUAACGUCGUCCCGGAAGGCACCAAUCACGCCGCCGUGGAGUGGCCACGCGUGUGGUGGGUGGCUGUCGGGCCCCUGAGCGGACUGCCGCUCCAUGCUGCUGGUGACCAUGGCUCUCACAACCAGGAAACGGCGCUGGACUGGGUCAUGUCAUCCUACAGUUCAUCUAUCAAGGCAUUGAUCGCGGGGCGAACUUCACAACCACUACCGCCAUCGACCUCAACCCCUGGUCGCACGGUGCUGAUCUCGAUGCCGAACACCCCUGGCCAAGAUCAUCUCAACUUUACUGACCGCGAGGUAAACAUGCUCACCGAGCUGUGCCCGUCCAUGCAGCUAACUCCAGAACGGCCACCGAGUCUUACCAAGGACGACGUCCUAGGGCAGCUUCGUGGCUGUCGCGUCUUCCACUUCGCGGGCCACGGCAUUACGGAUCCCGGGGACCCCUCCAAAAGCUGUCUGCUGCUGAAUGACUGGGAGACACGCCCGCUGACAGUGGGUGACCUGCGCGAAGAACGCCUGGUGGAGGAGGUCGCACCAGCCAGCGCGCCGUUCUUGGCUUACCUCUCUGCCUGCUCGACAGCGGCCAACGAGAAACUUGCGCUCACCGACGAAGCCAUCCACCUGGUUAGUGCAUGUCAGCUGGCCGGCUUCCGGCACGUGGUUGGCACGCUUUGGAGUGUGUCAGACGUCUUCUGCGUCGACGUGGCAAGGCGCUUUUACGAAGUGCUCCGCGACGAGGGUGCCACCGACGUCGCCGUGUGUCGCGCGCUGCACCUAGCCAUGCGGGAACUUCGGGAUAUCAAGGCUGAGAGGAAAGGUGAGAAGGGAGUGACGCUGGAUAACAGCAAUGGGCUGGAUAGAGGCGCUAGGGUUGCUGGUCCAAAGCGGCACAACCUGUUAUGGGUUCCAUAUGUUCAUUUUGGAGUUUGACCAGACCUGGGCGUACCGUCUUUGCUCGUCCUGCACUGCA